GCCGUGCAUGCUGGCAAGAGGCAGAGGCAGAGAUGGCAUGCGGUGGACUCUGUGCCUUGACUGUCACCUUGGGCUCAGGAUAGGAGUAAGAAGCAAUAAACACCCACCCCAUCUCCCCUGGGUAACUGACAACUUUCAAGGAGGAUGGUUCAUCAAGACGAAUGAUAUGGCUGCAUCUAGAACUAACUCUCUCCUCAUCUUCUACCUCAGUGUCUUGCUGCUCAUCCACUUAAAAAAGUCACUUUGCAUGAAAGAUGGCCCCAGGUGCCUGUCAAACCCUUGCCAAAAGGACUCUGAGUGUGGUGGUGAUGACGAUGCUGCAGCAGCAGCAGCAAAAGGUGGCGGUUGCCAUUGUCCUGACUCGUCACAACACUGUGUGCAAACAGGCUACGACCCUUGCUCCUCUAGCCCUUGUCUCCACAAUGCUACCUGUUCAAGCGCUGCAGGAAACCUCAGCUUUACUUGCAACUGCCCCUUGGGGUACACUGGAACUACCUGCGAAAUGGCUGCCAGCUCAUGUGACUGGCAUUUCUGCAGGCAUGGAGGCACUUGCCAGGAUCAGCCCGGUGGCCUUGCCUGCCUCUGUGCUGAAGGAUACACGGGUACAUACUGUGAAACUGAUAUCGACGAAUGCCUUUCCAGCCCUUGCCACAACGGAGCAGUCUGCAGAGACAACCUCAGCGGGUACUCCUGCUACUGUGUCCCAGGCUACCAAGGAAAGCACUGUCACCUGGAAGUGGAUGAAUGUGUUUCGGACCCUUGCCUGAAUGGUGGCACAUGCCUGAACAUGAUAGGGAAGUAUGAGUGCAUUUGCCCUCUGGAGUACACAGGCAUUCACUGUGAAGAAGACAUCAAUGAAUGUCACAUAAACCCAUGCCAAAAUGGGGGGACCUGUGAGAAUUCUUUUGGAAAUUAUACUUGCCAUUGCCCGCCAGGAGAAGAGGAUGGGAUAUUUUAUGGUGGCUGGAACUGCACGGAUGUCCUCCUCGGCUGCGUUCAGCAUAAAUGCCAAAAUGAGGGAGUGUGCAUUCCUCAAUUAAGAAAUGGACAACACAGAUUUAGCUGCCUGUGCCCAGCUGGAUACACUGGAGUACACUGUGAAAUAAUGACAACAUUGUCUUUUCAGGGAAAUGGGUUCCUUCAGGUUCACAGUGCCACAGCCCCUACCCAGGACUAUUUCUAUAACAUAAACCUUAGGUUUCUGACUGUCCAACCAACAACCCUGAUAUUUUACCGAGGAAACAAAGACACGUUCAUGAAGCUGGAGUUACUGAAUGGCUACUUACACUUGUCCAUGCAAAUGAAUAACAAAUCCAAGGCCUUUUUGCAUAUACCCCAUAAUGUCAGUGACAGCGAAUGGCAUUCGGUGGAGGUAAUUAUAGCAAGGACGGUAACUCUUAAGCUAGCCGAGAGCUCUUGCACAGAAUCCUGUCUCCAUGAAACCACUACUACAAUAGAUAGCAAUCAGACAAUAUUUGCAUUCCAGAGCACAUUUUUGGGUGGCUUGCCCGUGGGGAACAGUAGUGUAGACUCUCCACAAAACAUCUAUGAUAUGAAUUCUGCACCUUCGUUUGUAGGCUGUCUUCAGGACGUUGAAAUAGACUUGAACUUUGUUAUCCCAGAGAAUAUGUCCUCUGACUCGUCUUUGAAUGUCAAGGCAGGCUGUGCUAAAAAGGAUUGGUGUGAACACCACCCAUGUCAAAACAAAGGGCGCUGCAUGAACUUGUGGCUGAGCUAUCAGUGUGACUGCUACAGACCUUACACUGGGCCAGCUUGUGCUACAGAAUACAUUCCAGGAAGAUUUGGACAUGAGGAAUCCACAGGCUAUGCUGCUUUUACUGUGCAGGGUAGCGAUUACGAAAGUGUGACUAUAUCAAUGUUUCUCCGUACACGCCAGCCUUCUGGCUUGUUACUAGCUCUGAAAAAAAGCACAUUCCUACUUCUUAAGAUCCAGCUAGAAGAUGGGAAACUCAUCCUGUCAGGUCCUAGCUCCAACAAAUUCCAAGGAUCUCAAGCUGUGAAUGAUGGAAAUUUCUAUUUAAUAUCUUUAAAAAUAGAACCAAAUAAAAUGGAGCUUUUCCACUCAACACAAAACCUAGGUUUUCUUCUUACACCUAUGAUAAAAAUCCAGAGGGGAGAUAUUAUCUACAUCGGUGGAUUACCAGAGGACCAAGAAACCCAUGUAAAUGGUGGGUAUUUCAAAGGGUGCAUCCAAGAUUUACGACUGAACAACAAACCACUGGAAUUCUUCCCUGUCACUACUUCAGAGAAAUCUGUCAUCAGCAAGAGCGCACUGAUCAACAUAGCCCCAGGCUGCGCUGGAGACAACCUCUGCAAGUCCAGCCCCUGCCAGAAUGGAGGUGUUUGCUAUUCCAUUUGGGAUGACUUCACUUGUACUUGUCCACCAAAUACGGCUGGGAAAGCUUGCGAGGAAGUGAAGUGGUGUGAGCUCGGUCCGUGCCCUCACGAAGCCCAAUGCCAGCUGGUUCAUCAAGGAUUUGAAUGUGUUGCCAAUGCCAUUUUCAAUGGCCGAAGCAGUGCAAUCUUCUACAGAAGUAAUGGGAAAAUCAGAAGGGACCUCACUAAGAUAACCUUUGGCUUUCGGACUCAAGACUCAGAUGUGAUACUGCUUUAUGCUGAGAAGGAGCCUGAGUUCAUUGCUAUUGGUAUCCAGAAUAACAAGCUGAGGUUUCAGCUGCAAAGUGGCAACAGCUUCUAUACACUGAGCCUAACCACUUCUCAGCCAGUGAGUGAUGGGAAGUGGCACCAAGUGACCUUCUCAAUGAUUGAACCCUUAUCUCAGUCUUCAAGAUGGCGCAUUGAUCUAGAUGAUGAGAAAGAUGGUGUGACAAGUACAGUUGCCACUGGAAACCUCAACUUCCUGAGAGAAGAGACAGAUAUCUACCUAGCUGACAAAGCUUUCGACAAUCUGGAUGGACUGAGAGGGUGCAUGAGCACCGUAGAGAUUGAUGGUAUCUAUCUCUCCUACUUUGACAGUGCUGAUGGCUAUACAAAAAAACCACAGGAAGAGCAGUUCCUCAAAAUAUCUGCCAACUCUGUUAUCACUGGCUGUCCUCAGCUGGAGGCCUGCAGCUCAAACCCUUGUAUGCAUGAUGGAGUGUGUGAAGACUUCUAUACUUAUUAUCAUUGCACAUGUAUUGAUGGAUACACCGGAACCCACUGUGAAAUCAACAUUGAUGACUGCACAUCAAACCCUUGUGUGCAUGGAAACUGCAGUGAUGGAAUUACAUUGUACAAAUGUGUAUGUGAUCCUGGAUACACGGGGGCAAGGUGUGAGGAAGACAUAGAUGACUGUCGCGGGCAUCUGUGUGCAAAUGGGGCUACCUGUAUAGAUGAGAUUAAUAGUUAUUCCUGUCUGUGCCCUGAGAAUUUUACCGGAACAUAUUGCAGGCGCAUACGGAUCCCCUCGACAGUGUGUGGGAAUGAGAAAGGGAAUCUCACGUGUUACAACUAUGGCAACUGUACUGAGCUCCAAGGGCACUUAGAAUGCAUGUGCCUCCCGGGUUUUACUGGACGGCGGUGUGAAGUGGACAUUAACGAGUGCAUGUCUGAUCCAUGCCUCCAUGGAGGCCUUUGCCAAAACCUGCUCAACAAAUUCCACUGCGUCUGUGAGAUGAACUAUGCCGGCGAACGCUGUGAGAUAGAUUUGACUACUGACUUGGCCUCCAACAUAUUCACCUCUGUUGGCUCAGUAACACUGGCUUUGUUACUGAUCUUUCUUCUGGCAGGCACUGUAUCCAUUGUAACAGCCAAUAAACGAGCUACCCAAGGGACCUAUAGCCCUAGCCGCCAGGAAAAGGAAGGAUCUAGAGUUGAAAUGUGGGACAUGGAACAGCCUCCCCCCAUGGAAAGACUGAUCUAGCAAGAACCACUGCUGUGUUUUCUCACAUCCCACCCCAAAACAUCUAGCAGGAGUGGCUGUUCUGGACAUCAUGGAAAGAUUCCCUUUAUAGACCUAUGAAGACUUCUGAAGUUUAACCCAGAAACCUUGGUCAGUGCCCAAAGCACCAAAUGGUUAAGGCUCCAUAUAUGGAUCAGGAUUGUCAAUGUCUGCUUUCCAGUGGCACUCCUUUAGACCUUCUGGAAUUCAGACAACACCUUGCCAAGAGAUGAGAGGAAUUGCUUGUGAAAGGAAAAACCAGCAACACACAUCCUGUGCAAUAUACACACACAUACCACAGAGUGUGUGCAUGGAAACACUACAUGGGUAUGCCUAGACUUUGCCAGGCAACUAAAGGAUUCAGAAGGUAUUUCCCAAUUUCUGGAAAGCCUUAUUGAUUGCCCUGGAAGUGUUGGCUUUAGCACAAUCAGCAGUAGACCUUUAAGACUCCAGUGACUUUUAGAAUAAAUCUUAAGUGCCUGCAUUUCAAAUCCAUGAGAAGCCACCGCUUGUGCUCUCAUUUCCCUUUGGACUGCCAUGGCAGCAUUCAGUGCCACUGUACCAGAUGAUGCAGAACAUUCAAACAAGCCUGUGUCAUCUAUCUGUCAUCCAGCCAUUGCUGUGUCUCAAGAGCUUUUAGAAGUAGAGGUCGCUUUUGUUGAGCUUUAUCGUUUAAUCAGGGACCAAAUCAAUACUACGAAGCAAGCUCUA